CACCCCCUUGCCAGCAUGGCACAGGUGGGAAUUUCCCUAGGUGGGCCAGGGACUCUGCUCUCACCUAUGCCCCUGGGGGUGGGGGAUUUCCAGCCUCUUCCUGCACCUCAUCCUGGGAGGGGGGGCUGGGGUCUCAAUGGCAACUGUUACCUUUAACUUGGGGAUAGAUGAUCUCAUUGGGGCACAAUUUAACAGGCGAGAAGUGACACAGAGGCCCCCCAGCCUCCCCCAGCUCUGGGUUGUAAGAAAGUGUGAGGAUGCAUGUGUCCCAGUGCCAAAGUGGGCGCUUCCUCCUGCCCCUCCCCCAAGCCGUUAUAGUCACAUCCUGCAAGGAAAAAACCCAGACUCCUGUGAACACAGCUGAGGAUGUGUGUGGGGGCCUGUGCCCUCCUGCUUCUGGGGCUGGUGCAUGGCGCCACAGCUGGGCUCAACUGUGUCGGAGACACCUACUUCAAUGGCCACUUGUGCUGUCAUGACUGCCAGCCAGGCAACAUGAUGGUGAGCCGCUGCAGAGGCACCACAGACAGUGUGUGCCUCCCGUGUAAACCUGGUUUCUACAAUGAGGCUGUCAACUACCAGUUCUGCAAGCCAUGCACACACUGCAACCAGAGAAGUGGGAGUGAAAUCAAGCAGAAUUGUACAGCCACACAGGAUACUGUCUGCCACUGCAGGCCUGGCACCCAGCCCUUGGAUGGCUUCAAGCAUGGAGUUGACUGCAAGCCCUGCCUUCCUGGCCAUUUCUCCCUGGGCAGCAACCAGGCCUGUAAGCCCUGGACCAAAUGUGCCUCAGCUGGGAAACAGACACUGAAGCAAGGCAGCAGCAGUUCGGAUGCCAUCUGUGAAGACAGAAGUCCCCUGGCCACUCUGUCCUGGGAGACCCAGGGUCCCACAGCUAGGUCCACCAAGGCCAGGCCCACCAUGAGCUCGCUCACCAUGGCCCAGCCCACCGUGGCCAGGCCAACUGCAUCCUGGGCUUGGACUUCUCAGGGGCCCUUCAUGCCACCCUUGGAGGCCCCCAGUGAUGAGGGCCUGCCCAGGAGGCGAGGAGGGAGAGGAGAGAGGACUGAAAGCUUCCUGCUGUCCUCCUGGACCUACUCAGCCAGCUGGCCCUUCCUUGCAGGCCCUGUGCUGGCUGCUGUCCUGGGUCUGGGCCUGGGCCUGGGCCUACUGGUCCCCAUGGCUGUACUACUGGUCCUGUACCUGUACAGAAGGGCCUGGAUGCCACCUGGUGCCCCCAAGCCCUCUGGGGGAAAAAGCUUCCGGAAGCCCAUCCAAGAGGAACAGGCCAAUGCACACUCUGCCCUAGCCAAGAUCUGAGCAGCAUGGGGGACUUCAAAGGCAGUGUGCCCCAGGUUCAGGCUGCCCGCCUGCGCCCUCUGCAGU